GCUAGGAUUACAAGCGUAAGCCACCGCACCUGGCCUAAUUUGUUUGGUUUUCCAGUAAGCACUGUGGUGUAUGUGAUGUUAAUUGUCUCUGGUGGACUCCACAAGCUUAAUGUACACAGUGCUGGGCUGGUGCCAUGGCUGCUUCUCUGAAAAGUUUUUGACAUCACACCGAAUGGCUGAGACACUACGAACAUUUUACUUUUCAUCUCAACCUCGUGUCCUCGCAAAGGUGCCUGUCUAGUUUCUGUAGCUGUUUGAAUGAAAGGCGCAAAUUUGGUGUGCUGCUGAGAAUGGAGCCGACCUGGCACUGGGUGUGAUCUAAGAGACUGGGGUGAAGAGAUGAGUCAGUGCCUGUGACAUUUGUGACACAUGGUGCUCGGAUUCACCUUACUGUCUGGAGGGCCCAACCUCAAAGCCACUAAACAUACGACAUUAGCCAAGUCCUCUGAUCUCUCUAGACAGCAGUUUUCUCCUAAGACAAGAUGGCUUUUUGGCCAUUGGCUGAAGUAAGCCAGGUGAUUUUAAACAAUGCAUUAAGCUCUUCUGAAACCUAACAGCCUUGUUCCAAGCUGCUCGCUAUGGAGAAGAGAGCGCUGAGGGAAAGAGGCCCUGUAGUCUUUUGCCAGUGGUGUCGGAUGGGCUACUCAGUCCCAGCACUUGAAAGUUGCAAACCUAGUCAAGAAAGUGCACACAGUACUUCACCUUUUUAUGAGAUAUAAUUACAUUGACAUGACGCCUUAUGAUUUACCCGUGACUCGGGGGUUUCCAAAAUCCAAACACUUCCAGACUGGGGCCCGUCAAUCAGCUUCCUCUUGCUUUUCGUGGACUCCCAAACUGUGGAAACCUGCUGGUGUUUUGCUGCGGUUUCAUUUCCCUCUGUGGAGGAGCCAGGGCAACCUCGGCCAGACAGGCACCCAGCUGCGCCCUUGUUUCCAGGGCCUCUUCACUCAGCUGACUCUCCUGGCCUGCCUAACGGUCCUGGCUGAGACGGUUUCCCGGCUUCCUCUAACAGGUUGGCGAGAAGUUGAUCUGCAAACGCGAGGCAGAGCAGGAGUGUCCUUAUUCGGUAGGCCUCUGAUGGGCCACCAGGUCCGUCCGAAAGUCCUAGCCGAGUGAUUGACAGUGGCCAUUUCAAAGCCUGAUUUCACCUUUGCAACCAUAAUCACGACCCAGAAUAAACUGCUUCCAGGAAGGCAGUUAGUUGUACCUAGCCUGAAGUCAGUCUCCGGACUGCCUCUCAGGACCCCCGCCAGGGUUUCGGGUUCCCGCCUGGGUCACGUGUAAGGAGGCUGCCAGUGCGCACUCAGCCCGGCCCGCCGGUCGCCAGAGCAACACCAAUCCCGGGUUGACUCCCGCCUCGGAAGUGCAGUCCCCGCCCGACAGCCCCGGGCUUAAGGGAGCCUGGCUAGGCCGGCAGCCAGAGGGUCCCGCAGCUUGGGGCCGGCCAUGCUUCGCGGCUCGUGGCGCCAGCUUUGGCUCUUUCUCCUGUUGCUGCUGCUGCUGCUGCUGCUCCCGGGCGCGCCUGAAACCCGCGGCACCUCCAGGCCGUGGGAGGGAACCGACGACCCGGGCUCGGCCUGGGCCUGGCCGGGCUUCCAGCGCCUGCAGGAGCAGCUCAGGGCGGCCGGCGCCCUCUCCAAGCGGUACUGGACGCUCUUCAGCUGCCAGGUGUGGCCCGACGACUGUGACGAGGACGAGGAGGCAGCCGCGAGGCCCCUGGGCUGGCGCCUUCCCCUGUUGGGCCAGCGGUACUUGGAUCUCCUGACCACGUGGUACUGCAGCUUCCAAGACUGCUGCCCCGGUGGGGAUUGCAGAAUCUCCAACAACUUUACAGGCUUAGAGUGGGACCUGAACGUGCGGCUGCAUGGCCAGCAUUUGGUCCGGCAGCUGGUCCUAAGAACAGUGAGGGGCUACUUAGAGACGCCCCAGCCAGACAAGGCCCUUGCUCUGUCGUUCCACGGCUGGUCUGGCACAGGCAAGAACUUCGUGGCACGGAUGCUGGUGGAGAACCUGUAUCGGGAUGGGCUGAUGAGUGACUGUGUCAGGAUGUUCAUCGCCACGUUCCACUUUCCUCACCGCAAAUAUGUGGACCUGUACAAGGAGCAGCUGAUGGGCCAGAUCCGGGAGACGCAGCAGCUCUGCCACCAGACCCUGUUCAUCUUCGAUGAGGCCGAGAAGCUACACCCAGGGCUGCUGGAGGUCCUUGAGCCACACUUAGAACGCCGGGCCCCUGAGGGCCACAGGGCCGAGUUUACAUGGACUAUCUUUCUGUUUCUCAGAAGGCUGCAAGCAUGGGCGCACGCGGCGGGACAGGAACGUGGAACUCUGCGAUCAGAGCUGCUGCCCUGUUCUCAUGGGAGCUGUAAAGUGACUAGGCACCUUACAGGAUGGAGAAGGCCCUGGAGUCCGUGCCCCUGGGCCGGGGUGAGGGAGUAUCACUGUGGGGUUUCACGGCAUCCCAGAUCCUGCCUUCAGCCUCUGCCAAGGUAUGUGCCUGGAAGGCCUGCCUGCAGCAGCGGCGGUGUCGGCAAGUGGAAGAGUGUUGUGAGCUGCUUCUCGGGGGGAAGCCUGGCUGACCAACUGACCUUGAGCAAGCACUGCAGCUGGCCCUUGUUCCUGCCGGGCUCCUCCAGCUGGGAGCUCUCAGCCCCUGGUAAAUUCUGGUUGUGAAAAACACAUUGGCACCUCCCCCUACGAUGAGGCACCUAGUUGGACAACUUGGCAGUCCGGGCUUACCUGCAUGGCAGGGAAGGAUGCCUGCCCAGCCUUAGCCUCUACCCAAUGGUGGAGGCAGGGAGGGAGAGAACCACACAGCUCCCCUCACUCCCCAGGAGCCCCCGUGGAACAACAGGGUGUGGUCACAGGCUGAAUGAGCAAAGAUGUGAGUUAAUAUACUGGUGGGUGUCAUGGGAGCUUUCAGAGCCGGGUAAGGAGGGAAAGAGAUGGAGAUACUGGUUCCCCACUCCUUAACCUGCCACCUGCCUUCCCUGUCCUUUACCCUACCUCAUUCUACUGGACCUGAGGAAAAUGCAAGGGAGGCUGAGGUAGUUCGAGACACUUGAGCCUAGGAGUUCGAGACCAGCCUGAGGAA